AUGACUAUUGAUAAUCUUCUCAUAGGUCUUAAUGCCUCACAAAGAGCCGCAGUUUCAUCGCAAGCAGAUACUCUCGCUAUAUUAGCAGGACCAGGAAGCGGGAAAACACAUACUUUAACGUCGCGAACUGCUUGGCUAUUGCACCAAGGAUUGCAACCAUGGAAUAUAAUUGUGGCGACAUUUACAGUCAAGGCGGCUCGAGAGAUGAAGGAAAGAAUUGGAAAGCUGAUAGGGAAUGGGACGGAAUCUAAAUUGAUAUUGGGAACAUUUCACAGCAUUGCGCGACGUUACCUGGCACGAUAUGGCCAUUUGAUAGGAAUUCGAAAAGACUUCGGAAUUGCAGACUCGUCCGAUUCUUUGGCCAUAAUUAAAAGGAUUGUGAAGCGGCAGGAUUUGAAUAUAGACCCUAAAGUCGCUCGGUCUCGCAUAAGCUCUCUGAAAGCAAAAGGUUCCGCAUCUGCGAGUAAACCCUUCGAUGCCAAGGGGAAGACAGUAGAUGCACAAGAAUUUGAGAUUGUUCAUGCUGAAUAUCAAGCGACCUUAGAGCUUUCAAACUUGCUUGACUAUGACGAUCUUCUUGUACGAUGUGUCGAGCUUUUACGACUUCACCCUUCCUGCGUAUCCAAUAUCGAGGCCGUUUUGAUUGACGAAUUUCAAGACACAAACCUUGUGCAAUUUGAUCUCAUGCGAUUACUUGCUGCAUAUCAGAAACGAAUCACCAUCGUCGGCGAUCCCGAUCAAAGCAUAUAUAGCUUUCGAGCUGCCGAAAUUAAAAACUACAAACGGAUGCUUAGACAAUACCCGGAUACGGUUACUAUCUCAUUGGAGGAAAAUUACCGUUCAUCGGGCGCCAUACUUCUCACGGCACUGAAUGUGAUUGAGCAAGACUCAUCCAGAAUUGCAAAGUCUCUUCUGCCUACUCACAUUGUUGGCACACGGCCAGUGCUCCGCAAGCUUGCAACGGCUCAGAAAGAAGCUGAAUGGAUUAUUCAAGAAAUACAAAGGACGAUGGGCAUGACGGGUGACCUGCUAGACUUGAAUGAUUUCGCUAUUUUGCUACGAUCUUCAUCACUCUCACGAGUCAUCGAAAGCUCGCUAGGAAAAGCGGGUAUAGCCUAUCGCAUGGUCGGUGGUCUUCGAUUUUACGACCGUGUAGAGAUUAAAACGUUAUUAGAUUACCUAAGAGUGAUUAAUCUACCUGACAAUAACGAUGCUUUGGCAAGAAUUAUUAAUACUCCUUCACGGCGGAUCGGCGAGACGACGAUAAAAUCUUUGCUUGAGGAGGCAGAGCAAUCAAAAAUGACACUUUGGGCACUAAUCCUUGAUUCCGUGCAGGGAAGGCGCAGGACGAAAACCAAGCUCACAACAUCAGUCGGAAAAAGCCUUUCUAUCUUUGUUGACAUCAUAUUGACAGGCAUGAAGAAGAUUGCUGAUCCUCUCAGCCGUGAAAACUCAAUCGUAAAAAUUAUGGAGUUUAUCAUUGAAAAAAUAUCUUACGAAAAGUGGCUGGAGUUACAACAUGGUGACAUUCACAAGGCGAGGUGGGACAACGUGAAGGAGCUUAUCGCCCAGGCCACGGAUUUUCAGGGAUUAAUAUCUAAUGGUUAUGAGGACGACUCUCUCCCAAAGAUUGAUGGUCUGGAGCAAGAGGACGCUUCCGAUUCCCUCACUCAAUUUUUAGCGAAUGUAGCAUUGGCUUCGGAAGUGAAGAAGGAGGAUGACCAAGGAAGUAGCACACCCCAAAUUACUAUAUCUACCAUACAUGCUGCUAAAGGCCUUGAAUGGCCUAUAGUUUUCAUUCCUGGGGCAUAUCAAGGCUCUAUGCCACACUCUAGAGCAGAGGAUACUGACGAAGAACGAAGAUUGUUGUACGUGGCUAUGACUCGGGCAAAGGCUUUGCUCAACAUGAGUUGCCCUUUGAAAAAUUCACUAGAUGAGUUAACAACAACCUGCCCAUUUCUUUCUGCUAGAGGCCUUAGAGCACACUUAGACCAGAAGGGCCCUCCUCUGCGUUCUAAUACUGUUCAAUGUCUAGCUCAAAUUUUACGACGACCAUUUCCUACCAAGGAGUCGAUUGCAGAGUCUUCCGCUUGCCUCGAACUCACUGAGGAUACAUACUACUCCUUGGAGCCGGAGAAUGACAAACAAGAUGAGUCCAAGUGGAAUUUCGGUAACGGCAAUCCCAAUUUCACCAAGGGUCAGCGACCACCUAAACGUCGACGGGUUGAUACAACGGACCAAAUGGGAAAUGUUUCCGGCGUAGUCUAUAGUAAUACCCCCAUGACAACGAUGGAAAGAGUAUCGAACUUUACCUUGGGUGGUGGCUUUGUUAGUGCUGGCUCUCAUCUUCAAGUCCUUGGCGAACAAUCAUCAAAUCAAACCAUUGGUGAAGCGAGAUCAGCUUCAACAAAAGGAACCAUUAAAAGCUCUAAAAUUUCAUCUAAAGGUCCACCUAAUGGGCAAGGCACACUCUUGGGCUUUCUCGGGAAGCAAGAGCCACAGAAGGAGAUUAAGUCAGCACCAAUAGUCGAUGAGUUUCGGGAAACAAAGAUCAGGGCUAGUGUGCAACUACAUAGACAUCGAAAUAACACUCCUGCAGAAGUGAUGCAAUCGCCAUCGCAAAAUGAUGGCGAAACUCUUCCACCUCUUCUUACAGGUCACCGCCUAGGAACAGGUGCAGCCCUAUCUCGACCAAAUAAUAAUCGAAUUGAAGGAAAGCAGAAUGAUAGCUAUAUCUUCCUGUCUAGCUCUCCAUCAAGAGCAAAAAAGCCCAGCACUAAUUUUGAGCCGGUGCCAGAUGCUCCCGUCCCUGGUCUGACAGCAAAACCAGCAAUUAUGUCGUUAGUUCGUCCCGCGAGAACAUUACAUACCACGAGUAUGGCAAUAGCACAAGGUUCGGGUGGUGUAAGAAAGACUCUUGGUGUCAAAAGGAGCAUGAAUGGCUGGGGUAGUCGCACAACACAGCCUUUCGUUCCCCCAACCAGGAAAAGAGAGAACUAG